AGCAACCACGUCGGAUAAAACUCAUCCAUAACUAUGCCGCCGUCUUCGCGUCCGCUGGACGGCCUGGUGUGGCCGCUCGUGCCGAACUCCAAGAAAGCCGGCGACCGCAGUACCACGUGGGCGAACAAGCAGGCGCUGGCAGCGGCGAUCGGUGCUGUGGACCCCGCGCUGGCGCAGAGGGUUCUGGACGAGCGCAACUGGCGGCAGAAGUACACCAAGUACGUGUACAAGCACGUGGAGGCGUGCCUGCAGAGCAAGGAGGCGGCCGUGGCCAGCAGCAAGGCGGGCCUGGAGUGGGUGCACAACAACUUCGAGUUCGUGCGGGAGGGCAAGAGCAUGAAGCUCGCCGCGGCCAUGUCGAGCAUCACGGGGUCCUUCGAGACCGCCGUCAUCAAGGGCACCAAGCCCAAGCCCACGGAGACAGUGUUGCAGGUGCCCUACAAAGAUGAGAUCCUGACGGGAAAUGCCCUCGAAGACCAGGUGGACAAGUGGGUCUCCUAUGGCACCAUCGAGCCCAGCGCGGGGGCCGCCAUCAAGGACGUCUCCCAGAAGGGGGAGUGGAGGGACCUAAGCGACAGGUAUUUCGUUCUUCUCGGCGCGGGCUCGGCCAUGGGUCCGCUGAAGCUGCUGCUGGAGCUCGGCGCCAACAUCGUGGCGAUCGACUUGGAUCGCCCCGGGAUCUGGCAGCGGUUGCUAGGCCUGGCGGAAAACUCGUGCGGGACGAUGAUCUUCCCGCUCAAGGCGGGGAAGCCGCAGGCGUCUCUCUCUAGCAGGGAGGAGCUGUGCGCGGCGGCCGGGGCUAACCUCCUGGCGCACACCCCGGAGAUUUUGAACUGGCUGAAGACGGUCAGCCCAGAAAAGCCGCUGGUAGUGGGUUCUUACGCCUAUCUGGACGGCGAGCUGCACGUUCGGCUGUCUCUCGCCAUGGACGCGAUCGUGAAGGGGCUGACGGAGUCACGGCGCGACGUGAUGCCGGCAUACCUUUGCACGCCGACGGACGUCCACGUCAUCCCGUCGGCGGCCCACGACGCCGCCGCUAGCCAGGCCCGAUCUCUGGGUCUCGUGAACCUCCUCUGCAAGCUCACAGGCAACCUGGCGAUGACCCUGACGUCCAACGUGAAGCCCGCGGUAGUGGGCGCGGACGGCGGCAGCUUGUACCUCGUGGAUGGGCUCGUGAACAAGCAGGGGCCCAACUACGCGCUGGCCAAGCGGAUGCAGCACUGGCGGGCGGUGGUGGCGAGGCAGGAGUACCGGUGCAAGGUGUCGAGCAACAUCGCUCCGUCGACGGCGACGGCCUCGGUCGUGUCCAACAGGCUCUUCGCGAUGGCCUACGGAGGCAUGCACUUCUUCCAGCCCAUGGAGGUGUUCCAGCAGGAGACGUCAAACGCGGUCAUGGGGGCGCUGCUGCUGCGCGACGUGGCCGACCCCGCCACCCCUUCCAACCCCACGCUCCCGCUCAAGAACCCCCUUCAGCUCUUCUCUUUCGGGUCGUUCCACGGCGGCGUGUGGCGCAUGGCAUACACGAUCGACUCGAUCGGGACCGCGUCAGUCCUGGCGUACCUCCUGGUGGGGUUGCUGUCGCUGUUGAAGUACUUCCUCCUGGCCUUUGUCGUCGGUUUCGCCGCGAUGAAGGCGAAGGACGGGGAGAACCCGCUGGAGGCGCUUGACGGCGUCAAGGACAGCGUGUUGGGCCUGUUCAAGGGGGAACUGUGAUUGUGAUUCCCGAUGUUAAUGGACCCUUUGAGGGAAAGGGUGUUUUUUUGUGGGGGGGUUUAGAAUGGCGUGGGGCGUCAUCGGGGUGGGGAAAGCGGGCCUUUGUCGAGAGGGCUAGCCAUAGGGUGGGCCUGAAUCUAGAAUGGAUACUGAAUGGUGUAUCCGAUGGAGAUAGGUAAGUACAGCGGACGGGCCUUAUCUGCCCGUCCGUCCAGACAGGUUACCAUAGCACGAGCGGCGUGUCUGUGAAGUGUGCCCACGUGCGUGGCAAAUGUUCCUUCCGAUUUUCAAGCUCGGAAGUUGGGUGCAUUUUCUUUCCUCGCACGAUCGAGCUGCUGCAACGUGGAUGUCGCCUUUCUGUACUGAUGUUCUCGGCAGGUGGACACGGCCAUGCUGCCGGAGAUAUUGUUUGUGACUGUAGCGCACCACACAAUUUUUAUGCCGGGAGGGGUCACGGGUAUUGUUUGUACAGACCUAUCCGAUGAGUUGGUCUGUAUUUUUUCACUUUAGAUAUCAACCGGAGGCGUCCAUGUCAUUUUUGGUAUGUUGGCCGGUUGGAGUUGGACGAUCCGCGAUAAACAGGCUGUCCAAACCGUCAUCAGGUUGUCAGGGAUUUGGUUCUAUCGGCGACAGAGUCAUGGUGUUGCCUACUUCGUGAUGUCGCCAUGGGUAGACGAAUCGAUUUGAUUUAUUUAUUUUUGGCAGGGUCAGCGGCAGCAAGUACUUGUCCACCUAAAGACAGGGUGCGGGCACAUUGCAGGAGGUGUCACAUGGGUGGGUGGUGGCGGUCAACCUCUGCACCAUUGUCCCGCUUCGCGUAGAUUUUUA